CAUUCAUAGAUGGGCACCGCGAGCGAGGGGGCUGGGGAGCGAGCGUCACUGUGGAGACUCGGAAACUCACGGAUUCUCGUGCUAAACCGGCGACCUCCUUUUUCACCGCUGAAGUCUUUGCUGUUGGAGAUCAACCGCAGCACAAACCGAAGAGAGAGAAGGGGAAGUUUGGAGGGAAGUGAAACUGGGUGGGUUUGGCGAGGAGAGGUGUGAAGCAGCAGGUGAACUGGGGUCAAAGGUGCGCACUGAGCCUAUAUGAUACCAUCAACACGGAUGGAAAGGACUUUAAUGCGGAACCCUGCUGGAGUUCUGCACGGGAGACUGAGAGUAGAGCUAGGCUGGCAGUUUGUGUUGUAGAGGAGAGCAGGCAGCCUACACUCCGCCUGUCUCCUUCACUGUAGGGAAAAGACAGAAGAGCUGAGCGCAUAGCAACUACCUGUAGCCGUGCAUCACCCGGAGGUUUGUGUCGAGAGGAAGAUGUCCGGAGAGGAGCAGAGCUUGUCGGAGGUGGAGAUGAGCCCGGGGGUCUCGGACGACAGCCGCUCGCUGUCGCCGGGUCACUCCUCCGGUGCCGCCGGCGGAGGGGACUCGCCUCUCCACGGGCAGCCGCAGCUGGCGGUUCUGGGCGACAAUGCGUCCUGCCCAGCGGGGGGCAGACCCAAGUCCGACGACGAGGACGACCGCUUCCCCGCCGGUAUCCGCGAGGCGGUGAGCCAGGUGCUUAACGGCUACGACUGGACCCUCGUGCCAAUGCCCGUGCGCGUGAACACCGGAAGCAAGAGCAAGCCGCACGUGAAGAGGCCCAUGAACGCUUUCAUGGUUUGGGCGCAGGCGGCGCGGAGGAAGCUGGCUGACCAGUAUCCACACCUGCACAACGCCGAGCUCAGCAAAACGCUGGGCAAACUCUGGAGGCUCCUCAAUGAGAACGAUAAGCGGCCGUUCAUCGAGGAGGCAGAGAGGCUGAGGAAGCAGCACAAGAAGGAUUAUCCAGAGUACAAGUACCAGCCGCGGCGCCGCAAGAAUGGAAAGCCCGGUUCUGGUUCAGGAAGUGAGGCCGAUGGACAUUCGGAGGGUGAGGUCAGCCACAGCCAGUCCCACUACAAGGGCCUCCACCUGGAUGUGGUCCACAGUGGGGGAGCUGGGUCCCCUCUGGCCGAUGGGCACCACCCUCAUGCUGCAGGCCAGAGCCACAGUCCCCCCACACCACCCACCACCCCCAAGACUGAGCUCCAGUCUGGGAAGGCUGGGGAGGGAAAGAGGGACGGAGCAGGGAACGGGGGUUCCCGUGGCACGAUGGGAGUGGAGGGAAGCUCUGGCGCUCCGGGUUCUGGGAAACCUCACAUUGACUUUGGCAACGUGGACAUCGGUGAGAUGAGCCACGAGGUGAUGGCCAACAUGGAGCCUUUCGACGUCAAUGAGUUCGACCAGUACCUUCCUCCCAAUGGGCACCCGGGCGUCGGGCAGAGCGGUGGGGCAGUGGCAGCCGGCUCCUCGGCUUCCCCGUACACCUACGGCAUCUCCUCAGCUCUGGCAGCAGCUAGCGGACACUCGGCAGCCUGGCUCUCCAAGCAGCAGCAGCAGCAGCAGCAGCAACAGCAUCACAGCUCCAGUCUGAGCUCUGACCCAUCCAAGGCCCAGAUAAAGAGUGAGACUGGAGCGCAUUUCGCGGAGGCAGCUUCGGCUGGGUCCCACGUCACCUACACCCCUCUCAGCCUCCCUCACUAUAGCUCUGCCUUCCCCUCACUGGCAUCUCGGGCUCAGUUCGCAGAAUACGCUGACCACCAGGCAUCGGGGUCAUACUAUGCCCACUCCAGCCAGGCCUCGGGGUUGUACUCAGCCUUCUCUUACAUGGGACCCUCCCAAAGGCCCCUGUACACUGCCAUUACUGACCCAGGCAGCGUGCCCCAGUCGCACAGCCCCACACACUGGGAACAGCCCGUCUACACCACACUGUCACGGCCAUGACAGACACUGGGACCAGAGGACACUGGUGCAGGUUCAGACCCCACGUUGGACCUACAGAGGAGCAGCAGCUACAGCAGCAGUGCUGGUGUAGCUGGUCCGGACUGAGGGGAGUGAGGAGG